AAAGGUGCUGGCUGGCUGAGAAGACGCAUCAUUCUGCAUCAGUCUUUUCUUCAGCUUGCAAAUUUGCACCACCUGCACUAUGAAGUUGUUGGCCGUGUUCCUCCUGGUUUCCUCUGUGGUCGUUCAGGCCAGUGCUAACCCAUGUUUUGGCUCGAUCCAGACAUUGGUCAGCUGUCCUUCUGGCUGGACUCUGAUCAACAAUCGCUGCUUUCUCUAUGUUCCCACUGAAAUGACUUGGACUAAUGCAGAGAAAAACUGUCUGUCCAUGGGGACAAACCUCGCAUCAGUUCACAACAUGAACGAGUACCGUCAGGUUCAGAAUCUGAUAAGUGCAGCAGGUUACGGGUCCAAACAAGCAUGGCUUGGAGGCUCUGAUGGACAGCAGGAGAAGACUUGGUUCUGGAGUGAUGGAAGUCCGAUGACCUACACAAACUGGUGUCUGAAGCAACCUGAUAAUAAAGGAGGAAAGCAGAACUGUUUACAGAUGAACUAUCCAGCUGCAAAGUGCUGGGAUGACGUGGAGUGUCACAUCCGUCGGCCUUCUGUCUGCGCCAAGAAAGGCUGAAAACUGUCAGGUUCCCAAAGAGGCUUGAUGUGUAAAACAGAACCAGUGGAGGAUCAAUGCUAGGGGUUUCUGUUUACCUGCCUUUUUGCACAUUAAUAGGAAACCCAAAAGAUAUUUCUGCUUCUUUACUUCCUAUAAUUUCUCUCUUUAAUGCAACCUAAGGAAUGAAGUGACAAGCAAACAGCAGCUGGACCGUCUCUCUUUAAUAAGAUCAGACUGAAUGAGUUAUAAGAAAGAAUCAUCUAAGCAAAACUUUAUUCUAUUCUUUGGCCAAGCAAAAAUAAAACUUUGAGAAAUCAAAACAA